AUGCCCCUGGACGCGCUCGCCUGCGUCUUCGCCAAGCUCGGCGCCGUCGAGCUCCUCAUGGGCGCGGGCCUGGUGUGCUGCUCCUGGCUCCACGCCUCCAAGUCCCCAGAGCUGUGGCGGGCCGUGGUGAUGUCGCACCCGCCCGACACUCCGGAGGGAACGGAGGCCUUCCUGCGCGCCAUAGCCAAGGUGUCGUCUGAGUUGUGGCCGGCAGUGCCGAUAACGAGCAUGAACGACCCCUCGCGCGCCAUGGCCAAGGUGGAUGACUCCUUGUGUGCCAUGGCCAAGGCGGCUGUCGACCGCUCCGGUGGGCAGCUACAGAAGUUUGUGGCGAGGGAUUUUGGGACCAAUGAGCUCCUGGAAUAA